AAACAUUUCAAUGGUGGAGUCAGAAUUUUCCUAUGCAGUCGGAGGAUCAACAUUUCUCUCAGGAAGCCUUUUAACGAACUUCAAACCUGCGAAGCCAUAAAUCGCAGAAGAUAAAUAAUUUAUACAUAUUGGGAGAGCAAGCGGAAGAGAUCUGAGGUGUAGCAAAUGGCUUCGCAUUCGCUAAAGAAUCCUGCUGCGCUACUGCCGAUGACCACCGCCGAUUCUUCGCCGGCGGACCGAUCGGCGGAGGAGAAACUCUUCAAAGGGUCCGCCAUGACCAAGCGCGGAGCUUACGCCGCCGUCUCUUAUAUGUCCUCCGCCGUUCUGUUGGUGUUGUUCAAUAAAGCAGCUCUUUCUUUGUACAAUUUCCCAUCUGCAAGUGUGAUCACACUAUGUCAGAUGAUAUGUUCAUGUUUCUUUCUCUACCUUUUACGGCGAUGGAAAAUGAUAUCUUUUCAUUUAGGCGAAUCCCCAACGACGUCUGAUAAUUCCAAAGCAUUAGUACCUCUAAAGUCUGUGAUUGAUACUCUACCUCUGGCCGUGGCCUAUCUCCUUUAUAUGCUAGUCACCAUGGAGUCUGUUAGGGGAGUAAAUGUACCCAUGUAUACUACUCUCAGGAGGACAACCGUUGUUUUUACUAUGAUGGUGGAGUAUAUUCUUGCAAAGCAGAGGUAUACGCGUGCUAUUGUUGGAAGCGUUGCAUUGAUUGUGUUUGGUGCAUUUGUCGCGGGAGCUCGGGACUUAUCAUUUGAUUUGUAUGGUUAUUUUGUUGUUUUCUUAGCCAAUAUUACAACUGCUAUAUACCUCGCAACCAUAGCUCGAAUAGGAAAAUCAAGCGGUCUUAAUAGCUUUGGUCUUAUGUGGUGCAAUGGUAUUGCCCUCUUGUCCUAGAAUUCGACCUGCAUUUUUGUUACACUCUUUAGCUCUUCACCAAACUUCAUUUUGAUAGAUUGAACAUAUAGUUAAUUAUCAUUAAAUUGGGCUUAAUUCA